AUCCAAAAGUAUUUUCUCUCUCUAUUGAAAAAAAAUCAAAUCCCAAGAAUCCCUGAGUUCCAUUUCUAGGGGUUUUAUCGCAUCUCUCUAUGCAUAGAUCCUCAAUCACACCCGUUAAUGUUCUCUCUUUCCUCCAUAUCUCUUCACACCUCCAUCUAUACCUCCGAUUCGACCACAAAUUAUUCGAUUUCGAAGCCAUUCCCACCAAUUCGAUUCUUCGAAUUUGAUGCCAUUUGAUGCACAGAGUCUUUAUUAAUUGAUAUGUUGGCCCAAGGUACGAGCUUGUGAUUAAGCCUUUUUCUGCUAUGUGUAAUUGUAUUUUCACCAUCCAGGGCUUAUCUUCAUGAAUUUUGGAGAAUGUAUGUGUUUUAGGGCUGUUCGAGGUUAGAGGGUUAUACAUAGGGUUUGGGUUUUGUGGAUAUGAUAAAACAGAUACUGGGUAAGCUUCCUCGGAAGCCAUCCUCUAAAUCGUCAGGCAAUGAAACAAACAAUGAGGGUCCAUUGUCAUCAAUGAAUUCAUCAAAUUUGAAUUCCGCUGUUGGUCUUAAUGGUAACUCAAGAACCAUUCAAUCUUCCGGAAAAUCUUCGAAUUUGGGAUCGGGUGUGUCGCGGUCGAGUAAUGGAACUUACAACCUACACUCAUCUAGCGCGAUUAAAUCGAUGCAAGGGAAAAACUCAGGUACGAUGAAUACCCAAGUGAGCCCGCUGUUGAAUUCUGCUACCUAUGAAGCUUUGCCAAGCUUCCGAGAUGUACCCAGCUCGGAAAAGCAUAGUCUUUUCAUUAGGAAGUUGAAUAUGUGUUGCGUUGUGUUCGAUUUUAGUGACCCCACAAAGAAUUUGAAAGAGAAGGAUGUGAAAAGACAGACUUUGCUUGAGCUUGUUGAUUAUAUUACUUCAGUGACUUCGAAGUUCAAUGAGGUUACAAUGCAAGAACUCACCAAAAUGGUAGCGGCAAAUCUGUUUAGAACUUUGCCGUCUUCUAAUCCUGACAAUAAAUUACCGGAUCUGUAUGACGCGGAAGACGAGGAACCGACUAUGGAGCCUUCAUAUCCUCAUCUUCAGAUUGUGUACGAAUUGCUUCUCAGAUUCGUGGCUUCUUCUGAGAUUGAUGCUAAGCUUGCUAAAAGAUACAUUGACCAUUCUUUUGUGUUGAGAUUGCUAGACCUGUUUGAUUCAGAAGAUCAAAGAGAGAGGGAGUACCUAAAGACAAUUCUGCAUCGCAUUUAUGGGAAGUUUAUGGUGCAUCGGCCAUUCAUUAGAAAAGCCAUCAAUAACAUCUUCUACCAUUUUAUGUUUGAGACAGAGAAGCACAAUGGGAUAGCAGAGUUGCUUGAGAUAUUAGGUAGUAUAAUUAAUGGGUUUGCCUUGCCUUUGAAGGAAGAACACAAGCUUUUUCUUGUACGCGCUUUGAUUCCCCUCCACAAGCCUAAGUGUGUAUCCAUGUAUCAUCAACAACUUUCAUAUUGCAUCACUCAGUUUGUGGAGAAAGACUGCAAGCUGGCUGACACAGUGAUCCGAGGUCUUCUAAAGUAUUGGCCCAUAACUAAUAGUUCAAAGGAGGUCAUGUUCCUUGGUGAGUUGGAGGAAGUUUUGGAAGCAACCCAAGCUGCAGAGUUUCUGCGCUGCAUGGUUCCUCUGUUCCGUCAAAUUGGUCGCUGCCUCAACAGCUCACAUUUUCAGGUAGCAGAACGUGCUUUGUUCCUGUGGAACAACGAUCAUAUAAGGAAUCUGAUCACUCAGAACCGUAAGGUGAUCCUGCCCAUAAUUUUCCCAGCCUUGGAGGAAAACACCCAGAGUCACUGGAACCAAGCCGUGCAGAGUCUGACGUUGAAUGUGAGGAAGACAUUUUCAGAUGCUGAUCAAACACUUUUUGACGAGUGUCUAGUGAGAUUUCAAGAAGAUCAAAUCAAGGAGAAGGAGAUCCAGGAGAAGCGGGAAUCAACCUGGAGGCGUUUGGAAGAAGUGGCAGCCUCUAAAGCUGUUAGCAAUGAGGCUGUGCUUGUCUCUAGGUUCGCCUCUUCUGUUGCCAUUGCUACCAACACAAAUUCGCAAUCAUCUGUGGGCAGUUGAAGAGAUCAUGUGAUGCAAAUUUUAAAAUUAUGAUCCUCAGCCUAGUGGUGGCCAUACAAGGUGAGCACAAAGGGGUAAACCUCGGGACUGGUUGUCACCCACAUUUCUGAAUUCUGACAACUUUGCCGGUUGAACCUGAAAGGUGAAGUGUUUUGUGGAUAUCUUGAUCGCCCUUAUUUUCUUUUCUCUUAUUUUUCUUGGGUUAUGGCUUAUUGCUUUUUUUUUUGUCACAGCCAUGGAGGUGUGCUUUUCAUAAACAAACUUGUUUUAUAGAGAUAGUCUAUUCAGAUUUCUUCCCAAUAUCGUUAUAUUGUAUAAUGUUUAUUUAUCCAUUUGUGC